AUGGUAUGCUCUGCAUCACAAUCGGCGUAUUUGAAACAGAAGCAUGGAGCAAAGUAUCUCCAGGGUGUUCGUGGUGAUGUGAAGGCCACGCUCGACGUUCUUGAAUUGCUCAAUGCUGAGAAAGAGCUGCGUCAAGAUCAGGUCGACAAGGCAGCUUAUCAAGUGGCACUCAAGGGGCAGAACAUAUUUCAACUGAUUCAUGACCUUGGCCAGAAAUCAGAGUUGGGUGGUGGGUUCAAAAGGUUCAUGGAUCAUCUUCUUGAUGGCCCCGCAGAGCAAGCUAGGCUUGAUGAGAUGCGGAAAGAGCUCAACGAAUCCAAGGCGACCUUAAUCCUUGCCUUACAGAUGGCGCAGGUUGGGCUCAUUAGAUCAGUCGGGAAAGGCGAUAUCAUUGUCAACGUGCAGAUUGUUACCCAAAUUGACGAACGGGUACAGCAAUGCACAGGGUCGGAAGAAGGACUGCGCCUUGCGCAGCUACUGCAACAGCGAGCCUGGAAGGAUGAAGAUGGGAAGUGGCAUCUUAGUGACCAAGACUUGGCAGAGCUUUCAAGGCCGCCACCCUACGUGUACAAGCAAGGUCCGCAUACUCGAGCUGAGGUGAAGGACAACACAGUUAUCUCUGCAACCUUCAUCGGAGUUGGCGUAGGCAAGGAUGGCGGGGACGAGAACUCGGUGUAUCACCCGGAUGAGCUGAUCGUCACAAACAACAAAGUAUCUCAAGGUGCCUUAUUUGUUGGCGGCGGAAUUUCGGCAAAAAACUUGGCCUAUCUUCGGCGAAAUGGUGUUUGA